CAUACACAGGCCGUAUAUGCAUCGUUAAGGAUUUGCUUACAAAUGAUGCAUUAUUAACGAGCUCUCCUUAGAGUCAUGGGUAAACCGUUGUCUUUGUAAAGCGUCUCCAACCCUUAAACAAUGUGCACUGACAUUGGGGCAGAGUCACUACAAGCCGAGCCGACACGUGUCUGAGGAUACUGAUGCGGUUCAAAGAAGAUAACACUCCCCAGAGAUGUCAGCCAUUACGUUGCUGGGGAUCCUGUUGCUUGGUGCAUCCCGAACAGCUAUAACACUGGAUACAGAUUGUCCGGUACGGAACUGCCUCAGAUGUCGAGAGGGAACAUGCACUGUUUGCGAACCCGGCCUCUACGGGAGGGAUUGUUCUCAGUCCUGUCCUACUAACUGUGAGGAACGGCUGGUGUGUGCGCACGGCUACUGCAACGGAGGGUGUCGAGACGGCUGGCAUGGGUCCAGGUGUAACACCCGGUGCCCAGACGGUUGUCCUGUAUGUGACAAGAACACCGCCCGGUGUACCCGAACUGACGCACCGCCCCUACACAAUGAGUGUCCAGCCAACUGUUAUUGUGUGCAGGCGUCUUGCAUCCGAUGCCGGACAGGCUUCGCAGGGCAUAACUGUAAACUUCAAGACUCUCACAAAGCAGACAAACCAACCAGCAGCUAUGGCGUGCUGACAGCGAUUUUCACUGGGGUAGGUUUGCUGCUAGGCGUGACCUUGCUGACACUCUGUGUUACAUGCUACAUCUGCCGGGCGCAGAAGAGAUGGAGACAACCAACCGUCGGCGUGACGCACGAAGAGCGAGACGCUCCUCCAGCAUAUACUUCUUCCACGAUAGAAGAGUCUGUGGAAUUACGAGAAAGAGGCGAUAACGCUCAAAACAGAAGAGUACUUCUGCCAGAUUAUCGCGCGACAGCUCUUCCUCCAUCGUAUGACUCCAUUUUCUGUGAGAUAUCACGUGACAGAGAAGAGUCACGUGGUGCAUGUAAGCCACCCUCGUAUGAAACAAUACAGCACGUGUGACCGACUUUACAUGGUCUGUAAAACUACAUGUAUGUGAAUAGUAACAAAACAUUCAAACAAUACAUGUAUGUGGCAAGGAACUGGACGUCCAAACAAUACAGAAUCAAUAUAUCUUU